UCGCCCAAACCCUCCGAGAAUCUCAAACCCUUUAGGGGCCAAACAGCCCUAAAGAAAAACCGCCAUUCCUUCGUAUUUCGCUGCUUGUCGUUUUGCACGCUCGCCAAAGGAAAAAACCAGUGCGCUCUCUCUCUAUCUCUCUCAUCAGAGCCCCUUCGACAACCCCUCUUUCUCUCUCUGGAUCCUCCCGAGCUGUAUUAUCCAUCCCGCUACUUCUCCCCCACAAGCAACACGGAAUAUACCAAGAAGGCUCGUCAUCUCGUCUCUUUCUCCUUCUUCCCCGCCUCGAACGGCGUGAUGCUUAUAAAAAGAACAAUCCAUGGCGCAUUAGCGCACAACUGCUCCGCCAUUUGUUAGGCUUUGCUCUUCCCGUAUUUGGAGGAAGGCCAUUUAUUGUGAGAGGGGAAAGAGGGGUUUAGGUCAUUCCUUUGGUUGCAGUUUUAUCCCAUUGAGGUAGUUUGAACCAUGAUCAUCUCUCUAGCGGAGUAGUUGGGUUAAGAAUUGGGAUGAUGUGAUGACGUUUAUUUUGCUGGUGUCAUUUGCUCAGGUUCUUUUAUCCGCAGUGUUUUGUUCCUAUGGAAGGCCAGACAUCUUGGGAUUCAUACUAUGGAGAUAAUGCUCACCACUUUAAGCAAAGUACUGAUGGAAAUGAGGAAGCAGAAUUUGACAUGGUCUCCUUGGAGAGCUUUCUUCCCAAUGAUGUUUUGGAGAGAAUUCUAUCCUUUUUGCCCAUUGCAAGUCUAUUUAAGGCCGCAUGUGUAUGCAAAAGAUGGUAUGAUGUUAUACAUUCAAGGAAGGCCAUAUGGGCAUAUCGGGCGCCAAAGAAGCCAUGGUACUUCAUGUUCACCUGCAAUGAUACUGCAGCAGGAUAUGCUUAUGAUCCAGAUCUUCGGAAAUGGUAUAAUCUUGAACUCCCCUGCAUUGAGAAACGCAACUGGUUUAUUUCUUCUUCGUCAGGGUUAGUUUGCUUUAUGGACAGUAAUACUAGAAGCCGCAUCUUUGUUUGCAACCCCAUUACAAGGAACAGGAGAAAGCUUCUUGAAGUUCCUGGUGCGAAAUUCCCUGACUACAGUGCACUUGCUAUUUCCAUGGACAUGGAGUCCAAUGAUUAUGAUGUUGUGGUGGUGAAAACGAAGCAAGUCCCUGAAGAUUUUCUUCAAUGGGAACUUUCAAUUCACAUCUAUGAGUCACAAAGCCAAUUAUGGGUCACUUUGGCUACUGAAGUUUUGGUGGGAUGGAGGGGUGGUGAUGAGGGUGUGAUAUGCAAGGGAAUAUUAUACUGCUUGAUCCAUUGCACUGGUGUUGUUGGGAAUCCUAUUCGUCAGGGGCUUCUUAUGUAUGAUCUCUCCGCAAAAUCAUCAGGCACUUUGAUGAGUGCAUCCAUAUCUGUACCCUGCUCACUCACUUGUGGAAGACUUAUGAACCUCAAUGAUAAGCUGGUUUUGGUUGGUGGGAUUGCUAAACUUGAUAGGCCUGAUAUUAUCAAGGGAAUAGGUAUUUGGGAGCUUCAUCAGAAAGAAUGGCGGGAUGUUGCUCGAAUGCCUCCCAAGUAUUUUCAAGGUUUUGGCGAGUUCGAUGAUGUCUUCGCAAGCAGCGGUUCGGAUGACCUCAUAUACAUUCAAAGCUAUGGUGCCACAGCACUGCUAGCAUUUGACAUGAGCCGAAGGCAGUGGAGAUGGUCACAAAAGUGCCCUGUGACAAAACGAUUUCCCCUUCAGCUGUUCAGUGGUUUCUGCUUCCUACCCAGACUUGAAGUUGCUACUUGAUUUGUUUCUCUUAUUGCAUUGGCUUUGGUAAAAUCAAAGAAGGUCUACAUACUGAUUUGCUUGAAAUGGAGCAAGUUUUGUUGGUAGGAUUGGGCGGGUCAAUAGAAUCAAUAUACACAGUAAAAAUCAUUUCUGCUCAUGUUGGUGGUGAAUUCUUUUUUCCCUUCUGUUUCUGGGUUUUGUGAGUUCGUUUAAUGUUUUCAUUGGUUGGAGGUCUGAAAAUGUAGCUUCUUCUCUUCUAUCUGGAAAGAUAUUCUCAGCUUUUUAGCUGUUGGGAUCUUUCUUUCUGAAUUCCUAAGUCUUUUUUCCUUCACUUUGUUUUAUUAACUUUAUGUCCUAAUUUCCUGCUGUUCAUCCUAUAUCAAUUCUAAAUUAAUUUAGAGUUUUCA